AUGAUUAGUGCCUAACCAGUCGAGUCGCCCGCCCUUGUACACAAAGUACCCCAAGUUGCCAGCCAGAGAUCAUAGGUGCUGGGCGCGAGAUAACACGUCGCUGCCGCGAACUGUUCAAUCGGUAUUUGCCGUUUCGAGCCUUGUCAAAGCCAACAUGACCUUGGGCACGAAGAUCGCAGGAUUUGCAGCUUUUGGCGUCGGCGUUCGUGCAUGGGCACUGGGGAUACAGAGACGUCCUGUUUUCGAACGUCCAGUAACACACGCUGCAACAGCAGCCGCUUUCGGGACACUUGGUUACUUUGUCUAUCACUGGGAAAUACGGCAGAAUGAGCUGAUUGAGAAGAAGCACAAGGGGCUCGGGAGACCGAAAUGGGAUGAUGGGAAGGGUUUCAAGCCAACCACGAGUUGGACGGGGCAGAAAUUAGACGGGGAAGGGUUGCCUUCAUCUGAGAAGUGAGGUCAUGCAGGCAUUAAACUAUGCGAUAGAAUGCACGUUGUAUAUCACACUUGCAAUUCUUAUUACCAUAAAAAAUACACAUCCAUUGCCUGCAGGUCGCCAUUGUCCACAC